CGUGCUAUUUGGUGUGUUAUCAUCUAUUUUCAUUGUGGCUUUUCUCUCAGAGAAAGAGAAACAAUGGAAGCCGUCAAAGCUUGGAGCUUGAGCCUCCAAUGGCGUCCAUUGAAGCAACUCUUCAACACCACUUCAUCGUCUUCCUUCAGAGCACCACGCUCUUCCUCCUCUUCCUAUUCUUCUUCCCCAUUCCUCAUUCGCUCUUGUUCUUCUUCCUCUGCCCCCGCCGCCACUACUAACCCCAACUCCCGUAAUCGCCGCUCUUCUUCUGCCAAUACUACUACUACUUCAAGUCCCGAGUCAGUUCGAGCCAUUAGAUUACAAAAGAUAGAAGAAUUAAGAAGCAAAGGGUUGGAACCAUAUGCUUAUAAGUGGGAUAGGACUCACUCUGCUAAUCAGUUGCAAGAGACUUAUAAAAAUUUAGAAAAUGGUGAAGAAAUGAAUAGUGAGAAAGACAAUGUAUCAAUAGCAGGAAGAAUUGUGGCUCGCCGAGCAUUUGGAAAGCUUGCGUUUCUCACUCUAAGAGAUGAUUCUGGGACAAUUCAGCUUUAUUGUGAAAAGGGGAGGUUUUUAAGUGAUCAAUUUGACCAGCUUAAGAAUCUUGUUGAUAUUGGUGACAUACUUGGUGCAAGUGGCUCAAUUAAGCGAACCGAGAAAGGGGAGCUGUCUGUCUAUGUAAACUCCUUUUCUAUUCUUACAAAAUCUCUGCUCCCCUUACCUGACAAAUAUCAUGGUCUAACUCAUGUGGAUAAGCGUUACCGACAAAGGUAUAUUGAUAUGAUUUCCAAUCCUGAAGUAGCCGAUGUGUUCCGGAAGAGAGCGAAGAUUGUAUCAGAGUUACGCAAGACAGUGGAAUCUUUCGGAUUUCUUGAAGUUGAAACUCCAGUUCUACAGGGAGCAGCUGGUGGAGCAGAAGCGAGACCAUUUGUUACGUACCAUAAUUCGCUAGGAAGAGACCUUUAUUUGAGGAUAGCAACAGAGCUCCACUUGAAGAGGAUGCUGGUUGGAGGGUUUGAAAGAGUUUACGAGAUUGGUCGAAUAUUUAGAAAUGAAGGAAUUUCAAAUCGUCAUAAUCCAGAAUUUACCACCAUUGAGAUGUACGAAGCAUAUUCAGACUAUGAAAGUAUGAUCAACAUGGCCGAGGAAAUUGUUACUCGAUGUGCACUUGCAGUUCAAGGGAAGCUUACAGUUGAUUACCAGGGAGAGGAGAUAUGUCUCGAACGACCUUGGAGGAGGGAAACCAUGCACAACCUUGUUAAAGAAUCCACUGGAAUCGAUUUCCAUGAAUUGAGCAGCGACCUUGAAGCUGCUAAAGAAGUUACUCUCAGGACUCUUAAGAAUCUUGGUAACAAAGAGAAGUCCUCCAUCGAAGCAUGCCCUUCGGUUGGCCAUGUUCUUAAUGAGGUUUUCGAGAUAGUUGUUGAAUCAAAGCUCAUUCAACCUACAUUUGUGUUAGACUAUCCGGUUGAGAUAUCCCCUCUAGCAAAACGACACCGAAGGCAUGGUGGGUUGACUGAAAGAUUUGAGCUUUUCAUAUGUGGUCGUGAGCUGGCCAAUGCUUUCUCAGAAUUAACAGAUCCUGUUGAUCAGCGAGGACGGUUGGAAGAGCAAGUAAGGCAACACAACGAGAAGAGAGCAGAAGCUAUUUCAAAAGCUGAUAAUAGCACCGAAGAGAAGAAAAAGGAAAACGAGGAUGAUGAUGAGUCAUAUGAAGUAACACUCGAUGAUGAUUUCUUAACAGCUUUGGAAUAUGGAAUGCCUCCAGCUUCAGGAAUGGGACUUGGAAUCGACAGGCUAGUCAUGCUUCUAACAAACGCAGCCAGUAUCCGAGAUGUGAUUGCUUUCCCAGUGCCUAGGAAUCAAGAGUAGGCACCCGACGACUUGGCUAUACAUAGAUCGAAUUCGAGUUGAUUCGAUGAGCCUCGUAGACUAGUAAUUUUUUAUAUAUUGAGUGAUGAGAGAUUAUUUAAGAGGCUUCUCAAAUUUUUUUCGACAUAAGAAUAGUUCAAAUAAUCAGACAUGUCGUCGAAGUUCGAGUUAUUUCGAGUAACUUAAUAAUUGAUAGUUUCUUCAUUCCCUUGUAAGCUUGUUUAUCCCAAUUGUUUUGAUUAAAUUCAAUAAAUUUAUAAGUGAUUGACUCAAAA